AUGUGCAUCUUCUUGUCACAACGUGAAAAGACCACUUCAAGGUCAGGUGCCAUUCACCAAAACGAUAAAGACAAGCUCACGUCCAUUAUGCUGGCCCGUUUCGCCAAACGUCUGUACCACCGGUCGCAUGCUGCCACUUCGCUCGCAAUGAGCUCGGCCGCUUCGUCAUCGUCUCCUUUGAAGGUCUUAGUCAUCGACGGUUACGCACCCGAAGGCCGCGCCGAGCUAGAAGCUGGCGGCGCGAGCACAGCUGGUGCUCUUUACACCCAAUUGCUCAACAAGUCGGCACCUCCAGGCGUGACAAUCGCUUCCGACGUCGUGUACCCAUCUGACACUGACUUUCACACUCCUGAGCUGUCGAAGUACCAUGCAGUGGCGUGGACGGGAUGCUCACUGACGAUCCAUGACGGUAAUGACCCGCGUGUUGCCAAGCAGAUCGAUCUUGCUGAGAAGGUGUUUGACAAAGGUAUUCCUCAGUACGGUAGCUGCUGGGCGGCUCAAAUUGCAGUAGUAGCUGCAGGAGGUGUUUGCGCAGCGAAUCCUCGUGGCCGUGAGAUGGGCAUCGCACGCAAGAUUCACCUGUCUCCGGCUGGCCGUGCACACCCGAUGUUUGAGGGAAAGCCGACGGUCUUUGACGCUUUUACGAGCCAUUAUGACGAGGUAACUCACCUGCCACCUGGGGGACUUGCCCUUGGUGGGAACGAGUUUACCGCAGUGCAAGCUGUUGCAGUACGUCACAAGAAGGGCGACUUCUGGGCCGUGCAGUAUCACCCCGAGUACGAUUUGUACGAGCUUGCACGGCUGACCUACUGCCGCCGAGCAAAGCUCGUAAACUUGGGGUUCUUUGCUGACAUGAAGAGCGCUGACCAGCACGUGUACGACCUAGAAACUCUUCACCUCAAUCCGUCUCGAUAUGACAUUGCCUGGCGUCUUGGACUGGAUGCUGAUGUCAUGAGCGAGACCGUUCGCCAUUGUGAGACGCGUAACUUUAUUAAAUACCUUGCGCUUCCUUACAAAGCGGCUGUUGGAGCCAAGUAA